GUUUACAGCUGGCAGUCGUAAUUAGAACAGCAACCUCGAUACUAGUUGACGUUUUCUUUGUUCGUAAUGUAUUUGUUAACUGUCUAAAGAAUUAUGUGAAUUUUAAACAACGAGUGAACAAGUGGUAAAAAACAGGAUAAAUCCUCAUGGACCAUAACGGUUGGAGUGUGACGGCAGUUCACCGAAGCUACCCACCUACACUCUCCCACCCGCCGUGUGACGUGACUCGCUGAUUCUCUCAGAUCGGGCUGUUUCAAGCGAUCUAUCAAUCGAACGCAAGGAGCCUCCGGGUCAUCGAAGACCAGCUGACCGUCCAAAUCCCGCUUCCCUUGAACCGGAAGAUACUUCACAUAAGAAUGGCUUGGCACUGUUCGGGAAGUACAAAUGAAGAAAUGGUUUCGAAGUUAAAAGAGGCCAAAAUAAUUGGGACAGAAAAAGCAGAGGCUGCAAUGUUGGCAGUUGAUAGAGCAAAAUAUUGCCAUGCAGCAGAUCCUUAUCAAGAUCGUCCUAGGCAAAUUGGGUUUAACGUUACUAUUAGUGCUCCACAUAUGCAUGCAUAUGCAUUAACAUUUUUGACUGACCAAUUGUUUGAUGGUGCAAAAGCUUUAGAUGUCGGUUCAGGUUCUGGAUAUCUAACUGCAUGUAUGGCUCACAUGGUUGGACCUCGUGGGCGUGUACUCGGCAUCGAGCAUAUACCAGAACUUGUCAAAAUAUCAAUAAAAAAUGUGAUAGAAGAUAAUCCUCAUUUUAUCGAAGAUGGUCGUUUGAAGUUUUUAGAGGGAGAUGGCAGAUUGGGAGUAGCUGAUGAUGGGCCUUACAAUGCUAUUCAUGUUGGUGCAGCUGCAAAUUCACUACCUCAGGAGCUUGUCGAACAAUUAGCACCUGGAGGUAGACUGAUAUGCCCUGUGGUUGCAAUUGAGGGAUUUAAUAGGCUCCAAAAUUUACUUCAAAUUGACAAAGAUGCAGAUGGUUCGAUAAAAAGAAAAAAAUUGAUGGAUGUAUCCUAUGUUCUUUUAACUGAUGCUAACACUCAACUAAAUAAUUAAAAAUUUUUACUGUUUGUCUAAUUGAAGUUCAACGAGAUAAUCUAAUAAACUGUUAAAUAAAAAUUCAUAACAUUUUUAGCUUUAUUGUGAA